UGCCCUGCGCCCGCAUAAUGUUAUCAGGGCGCUUGAUCGCCACGGGGCUUCUCGUUAUCAGCUGAUCCCUGCAGCGCGCCCGCGAGAAACGUCGCACAGAUUCGUGCGCCAACAGCCACGGCAGAUAAACUAACCACGAGCUUCGGGUUGUGCGCUAUGAGCGCACGUACCGCUGUCUACGCAAGCUACCGGCUGCUCGAGCAACCCGCUCAAAUAAAAACGCGCAAUAAAAAAAAAAAAAAACGCGGAGGGAGGAUUGGGGAUCGACUGCGCGUGGCAGCGGGACGGAAGUAUGGUGGCGGGGGGUCACCGUUAUAAAAAAGGGGGCCGGGGGUGAAUACGCGGCACGCGCGGGACCCGCUACGCCGUCUUCCCCCGCCGAGAGACAGCUGGCGCUCUGUCGAGGGGUCCAGCGCGGGCCAGCGGCAGAUGGGGAGCCAACGGUCGAUAUCGAGGAGGGGCGUGCGGGCUCGUUCCUAACGGAACGCGCUGAGCAGCGCCGCUAUACGCCGAGCCAGUACAGCGCCCCGUUCACAGAGCCAUGGAGGACGCCGACGGCCAAGGUGACAUCGAUGGCCGGCUCGAACCGUGGAACUGGGGAGUCGAGGACCCCGGCUGGGCCUGGAGCACGACGCACAAGUCGCCUGAAGUGGUGCUGCUUGGACCCCAACAGGCGCAGUUCCACCCUCGUUGGAGCAGCGGCACGGCGGGCGUGCGGAGCGCGAGUCCGCUGGCGAGGGACCGGCGCAGCUACUGGGAAGUGCGUGUGUCGCAUCGCGUCUUUGGCACCAGCAUGAUGUGGGGCCUGUGCACGGCGCAGGCACGGCUGCACGCCAACGCCUUCCUCGACCUGCUCGGACAAGACAACCACGGAUGGGGGCUCUCGCACAAGGGCCUCCUGUGGCACGACGGCCGAUGGCGGUCGUUCACGCGGCCGUUCCGCGAGAACGAGCCGACCGUGCUGGGCAUGCUGUUCGACGGGCGGCGCGGCACACUCACCUAUUACAAGGACGGCGUGUGCCUGGGCGUCGCCUUCCGUGACCUGCACCGCGUGCGCGAGCCCCUCUACCCGGCCGUCUCGUCAACCGCCGCCAAGACCGAGAUGUGCCUGGCCAACGCACGCAGGGACUUCGCCGGCCUGCAGGACCGCUGCCGUGCAGUGAUCCUGCGGCGAACUGCGGGUCCAGAUGCCGUGCGUGAGCUGAGGCUGCCACCACGACUGCAACGCUACCUGCUGCAUGAAGAGGACAUGUGAGGGCAGCUCGUCCUGCCAUCACAUCACACUCUAGUCAUGAUGCCCUCCCUAGACGUAAAGCGUGUUUGCUGCCAAAUGCCCCCACUAGUCAAUAUGACAUCAAGCCGAGCUGGCUCAUCGCAACACCAAACCUGAUGCCAGAAAACUUUCAGAAGCCACUGUGACACCGAGCUGCGCUAUGAUUGAGCACAAGAACACGAUGUGGGCACGUCCUUACACGGGCAUAGUCUGGUUUUUAUAUGCAUGUUCAAUCAUAUUAAUUUCAACUUGCACUGUGCAUGUCAAUUUCAUCUUAUAGAUGAGCCAGGUAUUUCUAUUUGCCUAUAUCCCCAACAGUAGAAAUUCACUACAGCGACCUACACCUGUGAAGUGUGCUUUCCAUAAGCAGCUAAGCGACAGUGCACUGCUCAGGUGCCUUUCGCAAGCAAAGACGAGGCAGGAGACUUCCUUGAGAAGCAUCCUGCUGCUGGUCAACCUGGCACCACAAUGAGCAAUUCGAUUCCUUUCAACAGGGGCAUGCCCAAUCACUAGAUAAGACAUAUUUAUGCACAGAAUAGGUGUUUACACCUGUGGUGCAUCUACAUCUCCUUUUAGAUGUGAUCUUUGUUGAUAUGUAAUAAGUGACAGCCAUACUGCGGCUGUGCAUGCUGUCCAACUGAUCAGUACGUACGAUAAGUGUGGUGUACAUGUCCAGUGAAAACGUACUGCACCUGUGGUGAAGCAUUGACGUGCUCGGUGAUUCCACAGUGAAAUAUCAUGCAGUACCGUUCCACUUUGCACACCAGCCCAGAUUGCAUUCCAAAUGCCAGCGCGCGCUGUUUCAGUUUGUGGGUCCUAUUUGUGACAAUAGAGAAGAUGUUGGUAAUGCACGCAGC